UAUCGAUAUGCGCAAUUUAUGAAUAUCAAUGUAAAGCGCUUUUGUGCCCUGAUCGACAAUAAGAGAAUAAUAUAUUUGUUGAAUGCAAAUAAGACAUAUAUAUAGAUAUAUAAAUCAAGUGAGAAAUAUGUGUGAUUCGGUCGCUGCCCCCGAUCAGCGCAACGUUGAGAUCAAGGCGCGCAUACCCGGCGGUCCGCGUGAGUUCGAACGCCGGCUGGCUAUUGCGCGCCAGCUAACGAGCUCAGAUGGCGAGCUGAUUAUCCAACGUGACGUCUUCUUUAAUUCACCAAAGGGUGGCCGGUUAAAGUUGCGCUAUUUACAGCCGCCUGCACGCUCACAGUUGGUCUACUACGACAGACCCGACGUAGCCGGCCCAAAGCUCUCCAGAUACAACAAAAUCGAUGUGGACGAACCGGCCGUGCUGGAGAAAAUGCUCGGCCAGUCUAAUGGUGCGUUGGGCGUGCUGGCCAAACGUCGCCUGCUCUUCCUGCACGAGCAAACGCGCAUUCACAUGGACGAUGUGCAGGAUCUGGGCCAUUUCAUGGAAUUCGAGGUGUGCCUCCGACCUGAGCAGACCCUGCAACAGGGCCAGGAUAUUGCCGAGCAGCUGAGCCGCACAUUUGGCAUUACCGCCGAAGAUUUGAUGACGGGCUCCUAUUUCGAUGCCCUGAACAAAGGCGGAGAUUCAUGAACUCUGCCUUUUAUUAUCUUUAGUCUUUUGAUCCUUCGGGAUUUUCUAAACAUUCUAAGAUAUAACAAAUAUUUCGCUAAAAGAUUAUAAGUUACAUAACCCAAGUUACGCUAUCACAGCCGCAUUAUUAUCGAAUUAUUCAAAUAGAUAAAACGAAUAUUCAACCAAAAGGUAAAUAUAUAUAUUGUUAAUGUAAAUAUCAUAUUGUACAUAUAUAUAUAAAUAUACAUAUGUAUAUAAUAGAUAAGUACAGUUGAACCUUUGAGGUUUGUUCAACGAAAACUUGUAGCCUUUAUAUUUAUCCGAUUCCAAAUGAUAUUUCCCAUACGAUAUAUAGCAGAACUUUAAUAAUUUACAAUUUGGCAAUAAACAAUAAUAAUUUACAAA